UGGAUGCGCUUAGCGGUGAUAACGAUCUCUUAGUAUAAAAGGAGUAGCGUGACUUUUCUAUCAUCAGUGGAUGCAGAUUAGUAGUGUGUGGAUUCACAAUGGGAUCGGUCACUUUGCUCUUGGUGCUACUGAGCUCCACUGCAGUUCUUUCAAUACCAGCAUCUGAGGGAGCAAGAUUCAGACGAGAUAGCUCUACGCUUCCUGCACCCGGUGUUUGCGGUUUGAGUUUGGCGGAUCGGAUAGUAGGCGGAACUAGAACAGCCAUCAAUGCGUAUCCUUGGGCAUCCCUGCUCCUGGCUCAGCAUAAGCAAGGCGGUACUGCCGUUCCGUUUUGCGGAGCAUCGUUGAUUUCGGAUCGAUUUGUCCUGUCCGCAGCGCACUGUAUCCCCGAACCGUCCGAGAGCUACAGAAUAGCAAAGGUUCGUCUCGGUGAGUGGGAUAUUUUGAGUAAGAAUGAUUGCGAGGAUGAUCACUGUUCAGAUGACCCGAUUGAUGCCCCGGUCGAAAGCAUUGAGGUUCAUAAGGAAUACUCGGGUGAACCGGAUUUCCACAAUGACAUUGCCUUACUCAAAUUGGAAAACCCAGUAACCUUCACUGAGUUCAUUUCACCGGUGUGUCUUCCGAUGAGUCAAAAACUUCUAACGAAAUCAGAAAGCGGACGCAAAUUCACUGCAGUUGGAUGGGGUGAUAUCAAACACGAUGCUAAAAAUAGAGAUGUCCAAAUUGGUAAUCGCUACAAAUUUGAGGUGAAGCUUCCUGGAGUACCAUUAUCAACUUGCCGCACAUCGUAUCCUAACCUGCGGGACACGGAAAUGUGCGCCGGAAAAACUGGUAAGGACACUUGCCAGGGUGACUCCGGUGGACCGCUGUCCAUCGCGGAAAAUGACGGCUAUUGGUAUCAGUAUGGUGUGGUCAGCUAUGGUUACGGUUGUGGAUGGCGAGGAUAUCCGGGCGUGUACACUCGCGUUACCAGCUUCAUACCGUGGAUCAAGGAAAAUAUGAAAAAGUUAAGCAAAACUAGUAGCAGUCCGGCCAAUUCUGGAAGCACAACGUUCUCUUCGGAUUGGGAACAUCUCAUACAUAUAUUGAAUAAUAUUUAUGUCGACUGAGAAUUACAUACCAGUUAAUAAAUCUUGGUGCAUAUAUCAACUGCUUUUUGUAUGAAAGCAUGUAUUGUAGUUAUCAGUCACUGUUUGAAUAAAAAUAUGAACAUUUGCAAGGAUAGCA